AUGCGAAUGAAAGUGAUGUUUCGUUUGUACGAUGUUUGGGAUACGAUUGAUUCAGGGAGCGAUGAUUCAAAGAAGAACAAUAUGGCGAUUGCUCUAAUCUUUCAAUCAGUCCCGGAAGCGCUAAUACUUCAGAUAGGAGAACAUGAUACAUCGAUUAAGAUUUGGGAAGCUAUCAAAUCUCGUAACCUAGGUGUUGAUCGCGUGAGAGAAGCGAGGCUUAGCAUUGAGAGCAGCCGCGUUAGGAGAGAUAAUGGAAGCAUCGAAGAUGGUAAAGAAGUUUUUGAAGGGAGUUCCAAGAACGAAGUUCAUUCACAUCGUAGCUUCGUUAGAACAAAUGUUGGAUCUAAAUUCAACGGGUUCGAAGAUAUUGAUGGAAGAUUGAAGGCUUUCGAAGAACGCAUAAAAGAAGAAAACCAAGAUGAAGAUCAAUCGAAGCUAAUGUUUGUAAAGAAUGAUGCACAAGGUUGUGGAAGCCAUAGCAACUCGCGAGGAAGAUGCAGAGGUAUAGGUUAUGGUGGAAGAGGAAGAGGACGAGGAAGGUCUAAUGGUUCUGUUGGUCAUAACAAAGGAGGAGAAGCUUCAGACAAGACCAAGAAGGACUACUCUAAGGUUGGAUGUUGGCAAUGCGACAAGAUGAGCACUUCACAAUGUCCUACACGACCAAGAGAAGAAGCUAACCUAACAGAAACACAAGAAGCAGAUGUAUUAUAUAUGCAUGAAGUAGUUUUCCUCAACGAAGAGAGAGUGUUUCCUAAGAGGUUUGAUGAAUGCGAUGGAAAUACGAGUAUAUGGUACCUUGACAAUGGUGCAAGUAACCAUAUGACAGGCAAGAGAGAGUUCUUCUCAAACUUAGAUGAGAGCAUCAAAGGCAAAGUCAAAUUCGGUGAUGGAUCAAACGUCGAGAUUGUUGGGAAAGGUUCGAUCACGUUCAUCGGAAAAACAAGGGAGAGAAGAGCACUCAAAGAUAUCUACUACGUCCCAAGUCUUUAA